AUGGCAGACCACAAGAGCCAGAUCGUGGACUUUGUCGGCCUGACCGGCGGAAGCACAGAAGAGGCCAAGCAGUAUCUUGAAGCUCACAACUGGGACAUUGCCGAAGCUAGCAACGCCUGGUUCCGUGACGCCGAAGACGAUGCCAACGACCCAGUUCCCGACAACUACACCGGACCACGAACUCUUGACGGUCGACCAGCUCCUGCGGCCGCCAGCAGCAGCAGCCAGACACGCAAGCCUGUGUCACAGCAGAAGAAGAAGGGCAUCGCGACACUGGGAUCGCUUGGAGGUGGAUCGCAUCAGCAUGAUCAUGAUGACGAUGACGAUGACAUGGAUGAUGAAGACGACGAUGGACGUGGUAACCUCUUUGCUGGAGGCGAGAAGUCGGGUCUGGCUGUUCAGGAUCCCAAGCAGGAAGGGGGUCCCAAAAAGAUUAUCAGCGACAUUCUCGCCAAGGCCAGAGCCAACGCCUCUCGCCCAGACACUGAAAACGAGUCCGGCCCAUCUCAGCCCUCUCACUUCCGCGGCACCGGAAUGACUCUUGGUGGUGACGGAGUCGAAAGCCGAAGCAUCCCCGAUCCUCUCGGACCAGCGCGACCUUCCAACGCCCAGCCUCAGGAGCGAGUCCUCCACAUCUGGCAGGAUGGGUUCAGCAUCGACGAUGGAGAGCUCCGUCGCUUCGAUGACCCUGCUAACCAGGUUGACCUGCAGAUGAUUCGCUCUGGUCGAGCACCCCUGCACCUUAUGAACGUUCAGCACGACCAACCCGUUGACGUCAAGCUUCACCAGCAUGACACGCCAUACCAGCCUCAGCCUAAGCAAUACAAGCCUUUUGGCGGCUCUGGACGACGACUGGGAGCUGUGGUGCCUGGUGCUGGUGAAGAGACUACCCCUGCUCCUGCAUCUGCCCCUGCGGCGUCUUCCUCUUCCAACACUGGCCCUACCAUUGACGAAUCUCAACCAACUGUCAUGAUUCGCAUUCAGAUGCCUGAUGGCACUCGUCUGCCUGCUCGAUUCAACACCACCAACACCGUUGACGAUGUCUAUGGCUUUGUCCAGGGAGCUUCACCCGAAACUCGAACUCGAUCAUGGGUGCUGGCUACGACCUUUCCCAACAAGGACCACACCGACCGCAGCCUCGUCCUUGGAGAGAUGCCCGAAUUCAAGAAGGGCGGAACCGCUGUGGUCAAGUGGGCUUAG